GCCCCUCAGCCCCUGCCCUGGCGCGCCCCCUCCGGGCCCCGCGCGCUGCGCUGGGAAAAGGGUGUCGGGUUACCAGCGCAGGGGCUAUAGUUAGCCUCGAGAACCUUGCUUUCAGCCGGACUCCGGGGACAACGAAGCGCCCGCCAGAGCCCUCGGCGCUCCCUCCCACUUGCGGCCUCCGCAACCUUCAAGGAUGGCGCUGGCGGCUUUGAUGAUCGCCCUCGGCAGCCUUGGCCUCCACACCUGGCAGGCCCAGGCUGUUCCCAUCCUGCCCCUGGGCCUGGCUCCAGCCACCUUUGACGAUGCCUAUGUGGGUUGUGCAGAGGAGAUGGAGGAGAAGGCAGCUCCCCUGCUAAAGGAGGAAAUGGCCCACCAUGCCCUGCUGCGGGAAUCCUGGGAGGCAGCCCAGGAGGCCUGGGAGGACAAGCGUCGAGGGCUCACCUUGCCCCCUGGCUUCAAAGCCCAGAAUGGAAUAGCCAUUAUGGUCUACACCAACUCAUCGAACACCUUGUACUGGGAGUUGAAUCAGGCCGUGCGGAUGGGUGGAGGCUCCCGGGAGCUCUACAUGAGGCACUUUCCCUACAAGGCCCUGCAUUUCUACCUGAUCCGGGCCCUGCAGCUGCUGCGAGGCAGUGGGGGCUGCAGCAGGGGACCUGGGGAGGUGGUGUUCCGAGGUGUGGGCAGCCUUCACUUUGAACCCAAGAGGCUAGGGGACUCUGUCCGCUUAGGCCAGUUUGCCUCCAGCUCCCUGGAUAAGGCAGUGGCCCACAGAUUUGGUAAUGCCACCCUCUUCUCUCUAAUGACUUGCUUUGGGGCCCCUAUACAGGCCUUCUCUGUCUUUCCCAAGGAGCGCGAGGUGCUGAUUCCCCCCCAUGAAGUCUUUUUGGUUACCAGAUUCUCUCAGGAUGGAGCCCAGAGCCUGGUGACUCUCUGGAGCUAUAAUCAGACCUGUAGCCACUUUAACUGCGCCUAUCUGGGUGGGGAGAAGAGGCGGGGCUGUGUGUCUGCGCCAGCAGGGGUGCAGCCAGAGUCACAAUCUGAGGGGGCCUCCUCUCUGCCCCCCUGGGAGACCCUGCUCUUGGACCCUGGAGAGUUCCAGCUCUCAGGGGUUAGGCCCUGAAAGUCCAACAUCUGCCACUUAGGAGCCCUGGGAACGGGUGACCUUCAUAUGAAGAAGAGGUGCCUCCAGCAGCCUUGAGAAGCAAGAACAUGGUUCCGGACCCAGCCCUAGCAGCCUUCUCCCCAACCAGGAUGUUGGCCUGGGGAGGCCAUAGCAGGGCUGAGGGAACUCUGCUAUGUGGUGGGGACCUCCUGGGACAAGCAAGGGAAGUACUGAGGCAGCUACUUGAUUGAACAGUGUUGCAGUGUGGAGACAUGGAGUUUUAUUGAGGUAGCCACGUGAUUAAAUGGUAUUGCAGUGUGG